AUGGAGCUUCGUGGCCCAACAAGCAAAGACAUCAAGUCAAAGGUUGAGGUAUUGAAAAUGGAAUUGGAUACCAUCCAACUAGAGCUAAGAAUUAAGCGCCUAGAUCAUAGGUAUUCUCGACUGCUUCGCAAGGAAUUUCCCAGUUGGGAAGAGAUGACACAACUUUUGGCCGAGCUGCGGAAGCUUACCAGCAUGAAAGGGCUCGAUCGUAGUGGUUUGGUUCUGGCAGUUCAGCUCAUGAAAACCGAAGCACCGGUGGAAGUAGAUGAUAGUGAUGAAACAGACGAGGAGAUUGCAGAGCUACGCGAUAGACUAGAAACCUUGGAUUGGGAGUAUGAGAACCUGCUCAAUCAACCACAGCAUGAUGUAAAUGAGAUGGAGUCGCUUCUGCAAGAGCUCAAGAUAUUGAAGGAGACGAAAGGAAUAGAAAAAGUACCAAAUUAUCAAGGUUACUUUGAUUCAAUCAAGGCCAAGGUUUUGCGAAUAUACAUGUAA